AUGUUAGCAGUGGUGGCCGCCACAGCCUGCCAGCAAAUGCACUCCAACGCGCCCCAAGGCCCCGCUGGUGCCAGGCUGUCGCUGCAGCAAUUCACCGACCAAGCGAACAUCCGUCCACUGACAAGCAACAGCAGCAUCGAGCAGAGAGAGGCAGCUCCGGGCAUGGUUGAUUCGGAAGCUCCCCAAGACCUACGUCUGCGGGAACGCCAAACGAUCCCGCGGACCAAGAACGCUCUCGCCGUGGCGGACCAAAUCAGCCAGAUUUUCUCCGACCAACCUGCUAUUCCGCAGCUCCCAGACCCUCCUAGCAGCGAUACGUCCCGUCCUGUGCCAAGCUCUUCACAGCAGCCCGUUAUUUCAGGUGUCGGUCCUUCGUCCUCCAACGUACGGACCGCCCCUCAAGAUAUCGAAAGAUUGUCGUCACCAUCGCAUCGCUUGUCUCCGGCACAGACACUGGGCCGAAGACAGAGGUCAACAUUUGAAGAGCCGGAGGACGGGGGAGGAAACGCCCUCGCUUCAGAAGCCGACGCUUCCCGACCCGCUACUAAGAGACAGCGCCGCGACAGCAUGUUGACUGACCACAACAACCACGCAUCUUCGAGUCACGCCUCACGCCCCGUGACUAACGGAACACACGCUGUGGGGAACGGUUUUCGGGAUACUGCAGACUCAUUCGGACACUCGGGAACCGCCGCCACUAUGCAGAAUACUACGCUUAAUGGGAGCAGCAACUCGGCGGCCGGACGGUUGCCUGACUACUUUGGCCACAGUCGGGAAGAGGUUACUCGGAUCCUGAUCCAGGCCUUGGAUGACUUAGGAUAUACAGAGGCUGCAGAGAAGGUGGCUCAUGAGAGCGGUUUCAGUGUGGAGAGCGGAGAUGUGGCUGCCUUCCGGCAUGCUGUACUCAGCGGCGACUGGCAGCGCGCCGAACAGUUGCUUUGCGGGAGCGGUUCAAACGGAAGCGGGAUUGUGCUGGCUCCUGGGGCAGAUCGGACAGCUAUGAAGUUCGAACUUAGGCAGCAGAAGUUCCUCGAGCACCUCGAGCGAGGCGAGAAACAAAAGGCACUUGCUGUGCUCCGCCUAGAGUUGACCCCCAUCUGUCACAACCGGCCUCAGAUCAUCCAGGCUCUGUCCCGUUACCUUAUGACCUCUGGGCCUGAGGAUCUCAGGAACAAGGCAAACUGGGAUGGUGCAAAUGGAAGAUCCAGGCAUAUCUUGCUGUCGAAGCUCAGAGAAUCCAUCUCCCCUUCGUCUAUGCUUCCCGAGCAUAGGCUCGCCGUGCUUCUGGACUGCGUGAAGCAAAGUCAGAUAGAUAACUGCCUUUACCACACUAGCAACGAGCAGCCGUCGCUGUACGUGGAUCACUUUUGCGAUAGGAGCCGGUUUCCCACGGAGGUUUUGGUCGAGCUUUCCAAGCCCGCAUCGGAAGCGACGUCUCGACAGGCUGAAGAGGUCUGGCAGAUCCGGUUCUCCCCUGAUGGCAAGCGGCUUGCCAGCUGCGGAACGGAAAAGGCCAUCAACAUCUGGGAUGUGGAGCGUUUUACGCUCGUAACACAGCUAGAGGGGCAUGCCAAGGCGGGUAUCGGUGAUGUUGCGUGGAGUCCUGAUGGAAAGUAUUUGGUGAGCUGCGGCUUCGACCGUUCGUGGAAGCUUUGGGACACGAAUACGGGCGAGUGCCUGAAAGUUGCCGACACAUUUGAGGAGCCUGUCAGCAGCUGUGUAUGGACCGACGAUGGCCAAACUUUUGUCACUGGGUCUCUCGACAAGGCCAAGCCUCUAUGCACCUGGGACAUUCAGGGUAACUGUCUGCAUACAUGGACCAAGUCACACCGGACUUGUGAUAUUGCGCUCUCUCCUGACCAACACUGGCUAGUUGCUAUGACCGAGCAAAAACAGCUGCACGUCUACAACUUUGCCACGCGUUCGCACGUCUACGAGCUGUCGUUGACCAAUCGGCCGACGUCGAUCAGCAUCAGCGCUGACUCACGGCAUAUGCUGGUCAACAAGACUGAUCACGAGGCUGUUCUGAUCGAUAUUGAGACCCGCGAGACGGUUCAGAAGUAUACGGGCCAGAAGGGUGGGCAGUAUACGAUCCGGAGUGACUUUGGUGGUGCGAACGAGAACUUUGUUAUCUGUGGCAGUGACGACGGACACGUAUUCGUCUGGCACAAGAUUACAGGGACACUCGUUCAUGAAGCUGAAGCGCAUCAGCCUCGUUGCAACGCCGUGGCGUGGCACCCUACAGAUCCGUGCAUGUUUGCAACUUGCGGUGACGAUAAUAGAGUCAAGAUCUGGUCGUACAAGGAUCGGGCCAAGAUGCUACCGGGAACGAGCCGGCAGAGCAAUGGAGUCUCCGACAUUCGCAGCCUUUUAGGUCCCGAGAUGUGGGCUUAG